AUGGGGGAAAAGCUCAAAAGUGCAACAAGUUUCACUGUUCAGAAUGAUCUAGUUACGGAAAAAAGGAAAGAAAAGAAACACAGUCAGGCUAGUCAAACUGGAAGCUUCAAACGAGACCAAAUCGAUCUACUACGUUGCGGCAGCAUAGCGCCGAAGUCCACGUGGGGCAAGAUCGCAACCACCGGUUAUGCCAGCCUUGGUAUUCCAUUGACCUUGGUUUACUUAUCAAGCACCGGAGGGCUGUUAUCCAGAUGCGCCAGGGGUGUUUUCACCCGCGCUCUUUGCUGCUGCCUUUGUUCCAACUGCGGCUACUGUUGCUACGACGAACGACGAAUGGAGGAGAAGGAGAGGCGGAUGAGGAAGAAGAGGCAGCAGGAGGAACUGGCGCAGCAGCAGCAGCAGCAACUGCAGCUGCAGGAGCCGUUUUACGUUCGCGCGAACGCGUCGACGUUCACCAGCACCGUGGAAAUUAAGACCAGCCCGAAGGACGAGGUGUCGAGCCUCGGCUCCGGUGACAGGCCCAACGUCACUAUACUCGCGCCAAUCAGCAUUUGCCUGGGUGCGAUGCUCUGCUACAUCGUGGCGGGUGCUUUCACUCUGCACAAGUUGGACGGCUGGUCCUUCGUG